CCUCUUGGGUGAUUUUAUUGGUAUAACCGGACGCAAUAUUUGUUCAACGCAGAAAGGUUCUUUAAGACGAACGACUGUUCUGGCCCCUAGGGUUUUUUGAUCGAAGGAGAUCCUGAAGUGGGCGGCAUGUCGAAGAAAAACAACUUAGAGAACAGGAGGAAGCAGCACAGAUUCGAUCUCCAAAGAGAAAAACAGGAGAAGGAAAAAAAGCUGAAGCGGCUGCAGGCAAAGAUUUCUAAGAUGAAGAUUGACGGGAGUGACAGGAAGAAAAAGAGAAAAUCCGGUGGGUUUCAGGUUGGGAAGAGAAAGCUGAAGACCAGAUUGUCGGCCUUGGCGAAGGCUAAAGCAGCACAGGCUAUGGAGGUUGACAAAUAAUCCAUUUUGUGAAUUAAAAUAAGCUUUUUUUUUUUUUUUCCAGUUCCUCCUCUGUACUGUUAAACCCUAAAGUAUUUGUAUCUUGGCAGUUCUUUUUCCGCAUUUUUGGUGUAAAUUUGUCCUUUUUUUCACUUGAAAAAGAGGAUACCGACUAAUGGCGAUAAGAGGAAAAAAGAAGGCAAUUUCAAAACAUUUUUUUUGUUGGAUUUCUCUGUUUUUAUUUAUCUAUUUCAC